UUUUUAAGGUCUAUCGGAGUUUACGCUGGAAUGGCAGUAGGCGGUCUGGUAUUUUUUAUUUUAGUUUUUUUCUGCUGGUGUUAUUGCUGUAGGUCGAAAAAAUCCAAAGAUGAACAAACCGAGGAAAACCCUCAGCCAGCAAUGCCUUACACGCCUUAUACUGUUGGACCUGGUGCACAUCCUCAUGGAAUGACAAACGACAACUUUGCUGGAGGUUAUAAUUUACCAAUGCAAAAUGCACAUCCUGGAGGAUAUAAUGCACCAAUGCACAAUGCACAUCACGGAGGAUAUAAUGCAUCAAUGCACAAUGCACAUCCCGGAGGAUAUAAUGCACAAAUGCACAAUGCACAUCCGGGAGGAUAUAACGCACCAGUACAUACAGCGCCAGAUAUCAAAAGUAAGAAGAGCUCAGUACAAUCAUCACUAAAGCAUGCAAAGACUGGAUUUAAUAUUGCGAAAAAGGUAUAUAAAACUGGGAGCAAAAUAAGCAAGCACUUUAAUGUAAUGGAUGAUGAUGACACAGAAUAUAACCAUACGUUUGAGUAAUGAAUAAAAAAUAUGGGUUUGUGUGUGAACAAUUUAACGUCAUUUGGAAUAACAAAAUUAUGUGUUAAAGUAUGACUUGUCUGUACACAUCUUAGCGUACAUGUUGGCUUCUUAUUUAAAAAAAAGCUUUUUAUCAAAAUAUAAUUAUU